CUUCCCAGGCAUUAUGAAAUCCAAGUGAUCUCACCAUCUCUCCCAGCCCCCAGGUAUGCAUGUCCAGAAGGCGUGAGAGAUCAGGAAAGGGGCUCCCAGCUCCCAGUCUGGAGGCUAGUCCCUCAGUCUGAGCCUUCUCUAGGAGUCUCCAUGUAUCUGCUCAGUCCCUCACACCUUGUCCUCCAGCCUAACCCUUCUUGGGGACCCUGCAGCAUCAUGUCCUUGCUUCUCCCUGCCAGUCAAGAGAGCAUCCAGCACCUUGCAGACGGACCGACCUCUCUGCAAUCUCCAGGCACCUCUGCCUGCUCUCUGUCCCCAUGUCCACCCUCCACAGUGUGCAGGAUGUUUUGGGAGGGAUGGGCUGCUCUGACAGCUCCCAUUUUAUCACAAGUAGUGGCUGGAAGACAGUCUGACAAGAAGGAAUGGAUCCAUUCUGCCAAGCAGGGAGGGAGCCCUGCAUCACUCUUCCUCAUCAGUGGUGACAGCUGUGGUCCUGGCAUCAACACAUCUGCCCUUGGCAGGAACCAGCAGCUGGCCAAAUCUGAGAUGCCCAGCUCAGGAUGGGGGAUCAGGCCCUGGGAUGGGUCAGGAGUGGGUAGAACACACUUCCCAGGAGCUGGUGAGCCCUGAAAGCCAUCAGGGACACCUGCAGUCCCCAGGGUUUAUGCUCCUGCAGCGUCUUUCCGGAUGGCCUGAUGCAGUCAGGGAUGAAUGCCAACUGGUACUGGUGACAUGGGGCUGUUCCCUGCCUGCAACAGGUACCUUGUUGUGCAGGUGUGCUGGCAUGGGCUGCCCCAGUGCACCCAGGACCUGACAGGCAGUGUGUGGCUCUGCUGGAAGAGGGGACUGGAGGACAGACACCAAAGCCAAGAUGUCCAUCCCCUACCCCUCAGCCCAGUGUCCCCCUUCUUGGGUUUGUCUCAGGGGGAAAACCAGGCAAAUCCAGCCCAGUCUGGCUCAGCCUGUCUGCAAUAACAGCCCUUCGCCCUGCACCCUCCCCUGCUGCUCCCCCGGGGUCCUGCAGAAAACCAUGGAGCUGGGGGCCACAAGGUGCCCAGGUCCCUAGGGAUGGGCCUGGAGAUCCUGCCUCACUGGUGGGGGCAGGGAUGGCCCCAGGGGGGUCGGGAGCAUUGUGAGGGCCCUGGGAGGGCUGGGAGAUAGUCCUGGAAUGUUAUCAGCCCAUCGUCUCACGGGACUGGGAAGAGCCAUAAAGGGCUGUCCCCUUGCCCUGGACUCAGGCAGCAUUCCAGGAGGGACCUGGAGUGGGCAGCAUGGGACGGCCUCUUACUCCUGGAACUUACCUUCUCCUCUGCUUCCUCGCUCAGCUCACAUCUGCAGCCUCUGACAGGGGACAUGCUGAGAAGUCCCCAAGCUACUGGAAUAAAGGGGCCAGGAGGAGGCUGGAGUUGGCCCUGGCAUUGCAGCCAGCGGGACAGCGGGCCAAAAACAUCAUCCUCUUCAUGGGUGACGGCAUGGGGCUGUCCACCAUGUCGGCCGCUCGGAUCUACAAGGGGCAGCUGGCUGGUGGCUCAGGCGAGGAGAGCAUGUUGGCUAUGGAGACCUUUCCCCACAUGGCCCUGGCCAAGACCUACACCAUCGACCGUCAGGUGCCUGACAGUGCUGGCACAGGCACCGCCUACCUCUGUGGGGUGAAAGCCAAUGCCAAGACUCUGGGGUUGAGUGGGGCAGCCACCUAUGGAAAAUGCCACACCACCUUCGGCAACGAGGUGGACUCCAUCCUGCACCGGGCCAGGCUGGCGGGCAAGUCGGUGGGCAUUGUGACGACCACGCGGGUGCAGCACGCGUCCCCCGGGGCAGCCUACGCCCACUCGGCCAGCCGGAGCUGGUACGCGGAUGCCAACAUGCCCAAGGAGGCACUGCGGGACGGCUGCAAGGACAUCGCCUACCAGCUAGUGCACAACACGGACAUCAACGUGAUCCUGGGCGGCGGAAGGAUGUACAUGACCCCCAAGCGGACUCCGGACCCCGAGUACCCAGAGGACCCAGACCAGAAUGGCACCAGGAAGGAUGGCCGGGACUUGAUUGCCGAGUGGCUGAGUGCCAAGCAGGGUGCCCGCUACGUCUGGGACAAGAAGGGCCUGGAUGAGGUCGAAGAUGACUCCGUGAGCCACCUUAUGGGCCUCUUUGAGCCCAAAGACAUGAGGUACGAGCUGAACCGCAACACAUCCACGGAUCCCUCCAUCGUGGAGAUGACGGAAAAGGCCAUCCGUAUCCUGCGCAGGAACCCCAAUGGCUUCUUCCUCUUUGUGGAAGGUGGCAGGAUCGACCAUGGCCACCACAGCGGGCGGGCCAAGCAGGCGCUGAUGGAGGCCGUCAUGCUGGACCAGGCGGUGGCACGGGCAGGAGAGCUCACCUCCCCCUUGGACACCUUGACUGUGGUGACAGCAGAUCACUCCCACGUCUUCACCUUUGGGGGCAACACACCGCGUGGCAACUCCAUCUUCGGGCUGGCCCCCAAGAAAGCCAAGGACAAGCGAGCCUACACCAGCAUUCUCUACGGCAAUGGUCCUGGCUACAGCAUCCGUGACGGGGGCCGUCGCUGCCAGCCUCCCCGCUGCAGAGGACAAGGACUACAGGCAGCAGGCAGCCGUGCCCCUGGAGACGGAGACUCACAGUGGGGAGGACGUGGUGGUGCUGGCCCAGGGCCCCAUGGCCCACCUCUUCCACGGGGUGCAGGAGCAGCACUACAUUGCCCAUGCCAUGGCCUACGCCGUGUGCCUCGAGCCCUAUGCCACAGAGCCUGGGUGCAGGGCAGCCCGCAGGGCCUCCCACAGCACCCAGUGCUCCCCACAGACCCUGCUCACCCUCCUGGCCCUCUGUGUGUCUGCCCUCAUGGUGGGGGGCUGAGAACCCCUGGCUGAGUCCCUCUGAGGGUCUUGGCAGCCAGAUCACCACUGUGGCCAGAACCAAGGGAUGCAAUAAAACACAUGUUGUUUGUCUCA